GUGAUUCCAUAGUAUUAUUAGCAAGAUGGCGCUGUUAGGGUCAGCACCAGAACAGCUCCUUUUUCCUACACAACAUUAUAACACUGCGACAACGAUCUCACUCUGAAAAAACAAAAACAUGCAUUGAAAUUCGUUUAGCACAAAUGUAUUUAGAUUUUUUUAUACCUUAAAAAAUAUGCAUUGACUCAAAGUGUUUUGCAAAUAAUUGGUCAGAUCAAAUCCUGUAGAUGUUUGGUGGAGAGACAACAGCAUCAAUUUGAUUUCCUACACUGACGUCUUGCAGAAACAGAUAUACAGCUUUUUAAAAGCUGCAGAGAUUACAUUUCAUGUAAUGCAGACUAUAGAUGGUUAAAAUCCACCUCUCUCGCUUCACAUAUACAUACAUCUUCGUUUGGUGGAAAAUCAUGGUGGAGGAUCAUGGCUUGUGACAGCGUCAAUGAUUUCGGGGAACGCAGUCCGAGAGCCUUUGUUAUAACAAUUUGUAUUUUAUUUAAAUUGCGUGUUAUUGUUAUUUCUCUGUAAAAAGACUGUCGUCACAAACAAACAUCUACUUGAAGCGGAGGAUGUAUGCGACGCUACUUGUAAUGGUCAUGUCUGCAUCAUUUUUCAACCCCAGUUUUGCAUUCAGCUCGCAUUUCGAUCCUGAUGGCGCCCCCCUGAGUGAGCUCUCCUGGUCCUCCUCUCUGGCUGUCGUGGCUGUUUCCUUCUCCGGACUGUUCACCUUCAUCUUCCUCAUGUUGGCCUGCUUGUGCUGCAAGAAGGGAGACAUCGGCUUCAAGGAGUUCGAGAACACAGAGGGAGAGGAGUACCAGGCCGAAUUCUCCACCCUCACCUCUUCCACGUCCCAGACCGGACCCGAGGUUUACAUCCUGCCGCUCACUGAGGUGUCCCUUCCUGUCUCCAAGCAGCCUGGGAGAUCAGUCCAGCUCCUCAAGUCCACUGACCUGGGCCGGCACAGCCUGCUCUACCUCAAAGAGAUUGGACAUGGCUGGUUUGGGAAGGUCCUCUUGGGUGAGGUCAGUGCGGGUCUCAGCACGACUCAGGUGGUGGUGAAGGAGCUGAAGGCGAGUGCCAGCGUGCAGGACCAGAUGCAGUUCCUGGAAGAGGUGCAGCCUUAUAGGUCCCUUCAGCACCCCCACAUCCUGCAGUGUCUGGCACAGUGCUCAGAGGUCACUCCCUACUUGCUGGUCAUGGAGUUCUGCCCACUGGGUGAUUUGAAAGGAUACCUGCGAAGCUGUCGGGCUGCGGACUCAAUGACCCCUGACCCCUUGACUCUCCAACGAAUGGCGUGUGAGAUCGCCUCUGGCUUGCUGCACCUGCACAAAUGCAACUUUGUCCACAGUGAUCUGGCCUUGAGAAACUGUUUGCUGACUGCAGAAGUGACAGUGAAGAUCGGAGACUAUGGGCUCUCACAUAACAAGUAUAAGGAUGACUACUUUGUGACAGUGGAUCAGCUGUGGGUGCCUCUGCGCUGGAUCGCCCCGGAGCUCAUCGACGAGGUCCACGGAAAUCUGCUUGUAGUGGACCAGACCAAGCCCAGCAACAUCUGGUCCCUUGGAGUGACGAUCUGGGAGCUGUUUGAGUUGGGAAACCAGCCCUAUCGGCACUAUUCUGACAGUCAGGUCCUCACCUAUGCCAUCAAGGAACAGCAGUUGAAGCUGCCCAAACCUCUGCUCAAACUGCCCCUCUCAGAACGCUGGUACGAGGUGCUACAGUUCUGCUGGCUGCAGCCGGACCAGCGGCCCACCGCAGAAGAGGUCCACCUCCUCCUGAGCUAUCUGUGUGCAAAGGGUGCCAGCGAGGCAGAGGAGGACUUUGAGAAGCGCUGGAACUCCCUGCGGCCCAACAGCGGCAACAGCAGCACCCACAGUGCCAGCGCCUCUGCAGCCGAGCAGCCUCCCUCCUCCUCCUCUUCCUCCUUCCCCCUGCUGGAGCACUUCUCAGGGGGCGACGGCUUCCACUCUGAGGCUGGGGACGACAUCCUCACGGUCACAGAGACCAGCCGGGGCCUGAACUUCGAGUAUAAGUGGGAGCAAUCACGUCCCGAUCAGGACUUCCCUUCCUCCUCAAGCAGUGGGGCAUUAGGGCACUCCCAGUACCAGGAUAUCUACUACGCUCCUGGGAGCGGGGUUAGUGGCAGUAGCUGCAGUGGGGGGCUCACUCUGGGAGUCUCCCCUUCCUACUACGACUCCAAACCAUCAGGACUCCACACCCCAGGGGUAGUGCCCGUGCUAAGCACUCACAGCCCCUCUGUCAGCAACGAAUAUUACAUCCGUAUUGAGGAGCCUAGCGAGUGCAACAUCGAUCUAGACUACACCAUGUGCUCCUACAGCCCAGAGCUUGACUGCAGCAACGGCAGCUUUUUAGGUGGUGGGGGUGGUUCGGGAGACUGUGACAACUGCCCUAGUGAAGCCCAGCCUAAUUCAUAUUGGCUGGAAGAGGCUCGCAAAGCCAGUGCCUACGAUUCAGACACCAGCCCAGCUAUCUCACUCACCAUGGAGCCUCUCCUUGGCCAGAUGUCUACCGCCAGCCCGGUGGAACCCUGGGAAAGCGAACAGUACUAUUCCUACAAAGUGCAGGAGAAAGAGCAGGGUUACUACUACGAUCAAUCCUCAUUGGACGGAGCUGACCACUACCUUUUGGAGGAUUCGUCUGAGAAUCAUCGGGAGAGCUGGGGGUCUAGGAGUCUGCGUCAAGCACUUGGCGAGUUGGAGGACCCCCUUGGGGUUUCGCCAUCCCUUGGUGGGCCCCAGCAGCUCUACAGAGACCCCUACAUUGAAGGAAGCAGGUCAGCCCUUAGCAAGAGGUCGGCUGGAGAGUGUUACUACGACAUGACGAGGUCCCUUCGCAAAAGCAUGCCUGGGUCAAACACGGUAUGUGUCGACAUGGAGGAAGAGGAUUCAGGGCUCUUCAUAGGGCGCCGAGACAGUGAUCUGGAAGAGGUGGACGUGUUUGCAGAGAAAGAAGCCUUGGCUCAGGCUAACCACUGGACAUCCAACAGCUCUGCCAAUAAUAACAGCCUGAGCUUCGGCAAGCGGUCCGGAAACAAUAUCCAAGAUGGCUAUGCCGAUUUUCAUUUCACAGUACCUUCAGCAGGGUUGGAAGAAUCCUGGCGUGCCUUCAAGGCAAAGGAGAACCUAACAUAUCCCACCCCCCAAGCCUUUCCCUACCUGGAGGCUGCUACACUCACAGAAGGAGGUGGAAUUCCCCUGACCAAUGAACACAAACUCUUCCCGUCAAGCGAGUGCAAUAGUUAUAUAUACCCAUGCCAUGAGGGAGAAGAGAGGAUGUCCCCUCCUGAGGGGCACAGCUCUUAUCAGGAGCAUGGAUUUGUGGAUCCUCUUCUGGGAUCUGUGGUUAGGAGCUAUGCCCUCAACGAUUAUAUCAAACAGAAACAAACUGUGGGGAUCAAAAAGGAAAAUGGAGAAAGCUCACCCUCCACAACUUUAGGGGGCACUGUGGCAAGCGAUGUGGUGCCUGAGACAGAGGUGAACCCUGAUCUUGUUAGCUUGGGAAAAGGGGGAACCCCUGUGGACAAAACAGUGCAGUCCAUGAAUACUGUUGUUGGCAGAAAGUCCUCUGAAAAUGAGGAAGAGAAUGAAGAGGGUUGUCUGUCAGAAGUGAAACAUCCAGCCCAGAACAGCAUCAGGUCUGUCCAAUCAGAAGGACUCACACCUGAAAUGGCUCCAUGUACCCAGUCAGAACCGGACUCAGAAACCAGUCGGACUGCAGAGAGCGGAGUGGAUAAGGGUUGCUCCAGCAUCAGCUUGGUGGAGAUUGAUGACUGCAGUGAUGAUGACAUCACAGAUGUCACCUCGGGCAUCUUUACGGAUUUCCCUGUGGAUUAUGUGGGAGAUGCCGCCCCAGCUGUCAAGUCCCUGCAGAAGCAGGCGGGGACUCCGGACUCCAUAGAGUCCCUAGAUCUGCCUUCCACCAGCAGCUUCUGUGAGGCGUUCAGCCCCAACACCUUCCACCCCUCCAGCCAGCCCAAAGCAAUGGACAGCGGCUAUGACACAGAGAAUUACGAGUCUCCUGAGUUUGUACUGAAGGAGCCUCACGAUUCACGGGACACUGAAGGAUUUGCACAGCCCCUGGGGAAGCCUUCUGUUAGUGAAGAUCCAGGGCUAGAGGAGACAGAGACAGAGGCAGAGGGUGGUGCAGAGGUGUGUCCCGGACUGCCGGUUUCAACAUCUCACAGUACAGAGCUAGAGCUGGGUGGGUUGAAUGAGAAAAACCCCUACAGGGACUCUGCCUAUUUUUCGGAUUAUGAUACAGAGAACGAGAGGUACUCCCGGGAUGAAGGGGACGAGUUUCCAGAGAAACUGGAUGAUGACAUUAUUGUCCCAGGGCUCGAAAAAGAAGGUCCCAUAGCUGACUCGGCUAGCCUGAAAGUGGAGGAAGAGGACCCACAGCAACAAAAACAACAACAGGAGAACCAUGUGGAAGAUGAAGAUCAGUUGCAAAAUGAUUAUUCAGGCAGACAGAUUGAUGAACAGAAGCAAGAGCAAGAUAUUGAGGAUGGUGGUGAAAUUUUAGCCACUCCGGAGGUCCUGGAAACAGAGUUUGCUACCGUUCAUUCAACUCCUACUCCUUCAAGUCCGACUCCUCCUGAGUUAGAGGAUGAAGGUCUGGAAUUGGAGCCAGAACUCUGCAGAGAUGAGCAGUAUUCCGAAAUCUGCACUGCUUCAGUUCCCGAGGAAUCAGCUCAGCCAGAGCAUCCUGGUAUCCCUGAUCAAGUGCAGGAACCUGGCAGCUUGGAGGGCCCUUUGUUUGAGGCUUCAGACUCUGCAUCGGGGGGAGGAGCUUCUAAAAACGAAACUGAGACCAGCGACUGCAGAGAGGAAGGUGAUGGAGGGGAGUCUGCGGAAGACACAACAUCUACGGGUCUUCCCAAUGUGGACGAUAGCCCUCAGCAACCCCACAGCAACUGUCCUGAUGUGGAAAGCCAGAGAAAGGAGGACCCAGGAGAGGCUUCAGAGUGCCAGAUGGACAGAGUGUCCCCGGCUGAUGGAGAGGAGGCAGAUGAGGAGGACGGGGACUCGGAGGACAGCGAGGAGUCGGAUGAGGAGCUCCGCUGCUACAACAUCCAGGAGCAGAGCGAGGAGAGUGAGGAGGAGUUCCCUGCAGUGCCCAUCGUGGUCAGCGACAGCAGUGAGGCACGCAACCUGCGCAGCCUCCUCAAGAUGCCCAGCCUGCUCUCCCAGUCCUUCUGUGAAGAACUCGACCGAAAGAAGAAAGCCGUCUCCUUCUUCGACGACGUCACCGUCUACCUCUUUGACCAGGAGAGCCCGACGCGGGAGCUAGCAGACCACAGUUUCCCUCAGGGGGCGGAGUCCAGUGCGCGGAGCUCCGAGACAGGAGAGACACGCCCCCAGGAAACGGUCAGCACCUCGGAUGACUCAUCUGAUGGGAAUGUCUCUGAAGAGAGCGGAGGGUUCGAGUGGGAUGAUGACUUCCCCCUGACGCCAGUCACCUCCUCCCCCAUGUCCUCGCUGGACCCGGCCCCCAUGGAUCCCCCCGCGGCCCCUAGCCUCUCCCCCCUGACCCCAGAGUCGAAGCAGGGCCCCACAGUGCAGUACUCUCGCUUCACUGUGUCCCCGUCCAGCGUCUCCCGCUUCUCAAUAACGCACGUCUCCGACUCCGACGUCGACUCUGUGGGAGGGAGCAGUGAAGAUGGAGAGAGAGAGUGAGAGAGCCGUUCUAAGAGGAAGGGAAGGAGGGAGGGAGAGGGAGAGAUGGAGAGAGGGAGGAGAGAGUGUCCCGGGCCUGGCAGCAUUGGCCUCUUUUUGCACAGACUGGGCCUUGCAUUGAUGGGCUCCAGCUGGGACCCCUGCCCUGAUGAAACCUGAGCUACCAUUCCAGGACAGUGCCUCUUAACGCCAGCGGAAACGGACGCUCACAGCCCCCAGUGCCCUGUUGGAGGGGUGGCUGUGGAUGUACACAAUGAGAACAAAUCUAUACAAAUAUAUAUAUUAUAUA